UGCAACAAGGAGAACCGUAUGGCUGAGAUUAUCUCUUCCUCUUCGUCACCAUUACUUUUGUUUCAUGGGACAACACCACCUAUUCAACAACGCCUCCAAUUCAUCAUGCAAAGUCGAAGUGAGUGGUGGGUCUACGCCAUCUUUUGGCAAGCAUCAGAAGACAGCAAUGACCGCUUUCUUCUUUCUUGGUGUAAUGGCCAUUUCCGAGGCACCAAACACUAUGCCUCUUCUAAGGCCAAGCUUUCCACCAACAAUGGACAUGAUCAUGGCCAUGACCCCGAGUGGUUUUACAUGGUGUCUGUGACAAAGUCAUUUGUCGAUGGAGAUGACAUUGUUGGCCGGAGUUUUAGUUCCGGUGCUUAUGUGUGGCUAACCGGUGAUCAUGAGCUGCAGUUUUACGAUUGUGAAAGGACUAAAGAAGCUCAUGGGCAUGGGAUUCAAACUCUGGUCUGUAUUUCAACUUCAAAUGGUGUUAUUGAACUGGGUUCCUCAGAAAUUAUCAAAGAAGAUUGGAGUUUACUCCAACUAGCCAAGUCUCUUUUUGGCUCUGACUCUGAGGAUAUCACCUCUGUAUCAAAACAGCCUCAGAUUCUGUUUCCCCCGAACCCUAAUCUUUCCCUCCUAGACUUUGGUGUUCCAAAAGAGAGUUAUGAAGAGAGGAAUAUGAAGAAAGAAAUUACUACAACAACAUGCCGAUCAUUGUCUGAAUCGGGGGCUUCUGAUCUUGAAGGCCCUUUUUUCUCAAAUUCAAAAUUGAUGAACAUUCGUUCUAAGAAGAGAGGAAGGAAGACAGUGAGAAGCCGAGAAACACCACCCAUAAACCAUGUGCAGGCAGAGAGGCAGCGGAGAGAGAAGCUGAACAAUCGAUUCUACGCACUGCGAAGUGUGGUGCCCAAUGUAUCGAGGAUGGACAAAGCGUCUGUACUUGCAGAUGCAGUUUCAUACAUCAAAGAGCUUAAAGCGAAGGUAGGGGAAUUAGAGGCAAAACACCGAGUAGAAUCCCAAUCCCACAAGGCAAAGGUAUGUAUGACGGACAUGUAUAACAACAACCCAAGUGCGUUUUCAUCAUCAUCCUCGUCUAGCUAUGGGAUUGCUAAUGCAGCGGAUGCAGAAGUGGAGGUGAAGAUGUUAGGAACAGAUGCGAUGAUUCAAGUGCACUGUGUGGACGUGAAUUACCCUUGUGCAAGGUUGAUGGAUACACUGAGAGGCCUUGACUUUGGAGUUACUCAUGCCAGUGUUUCCAAAGUGAAGGAGCUGAUUCUUCAAGAUGUUGUGGUUACAAUUCCUAAUGGGAUAACAAGUGUGGAGUCCUUGACAACUGCAAUUCUUACAAGGUUUCAGAUUUAAGUUUAUGUCCAUGUCCUUUAGGACUGUUAUUAUUUGUUGUGUAAUAUUUAUGUGCCAUAUCUUAAACUUCAUUGGUAUAUUUGUUAUAGGUGUCUAAAGGUCAGUAAUUCGUAAUAGCGUUUUACUCUUUCUAGUUUGGGAGUAGGGCCAGUCCUGAGAUUUGUGAGGCUUAAGGCAAACUAUGAAAAUAGGACCCUCUAAUAUAUAUUUUUUUA